AUGAUUGGGAGAUGAUGGUGCUGUUGGUGUUCUGUGUGUUUGCAGCCGUGUUCAACUGUAUCUCUGCCUCUGUAGAAGUCUGCACCAAUACCUUACUACCUGGAGCUAAAGGAGACCAAGGUGAGAUUGGAGAGGAAGGAGAUAUGGGGAAACUGGGAAAGAAUGGACCUUCAGGAUCUCCAGGAGCGUGGGGAGAGACGGGGCUCAAAGGAGACGUGGGCCAAUUAGGAAAGACGGGGCCUUUGGGGGACCCAGGUAACAACGGUGAUACAGGUUUGGAGGGACUUUCUGGUUUAAAAGGGAAACCAGGCACAACAUGUGACUGUGGCAGAUACAGGAAAGUGGUCGGACAGCUGGAUGUCAAUGUGGGAAAGCUGAGGAAUGCUGUCAAGUUUGUGAAGAAUGUCAUCUUGGGGCUGAAGGAAACAGAAGAGAGGUACUACCUGCUGGUGAAGGAGCCUAAGAGGUUCAGAGAGGCUUCAAUGAACUGCAGGUUGAGAGGAGGAACCCUCGCCAUGCCGAAAACCAGCAACACCAACCAUCUAAUGGCAGACUACAUCAGUCAGGCAGGACUGACAAGAGCUUAUAUAGGAGUCCUGUCUCAAAGCAAGGACACAAAUGAAACAAGCGGCUAUGUGUAUGCAGACUCCAGCCCUCUGCAGGGGUUUGCAGCUCGGAGCCAAGAAGAGGAGCUCAACUCCACAGCAUCUCCCCGCACCACAAACUCAAGCUGUGUGGAGCUGCUCAGCACUGGGGCAUGGAGUCACGUAGAGUGUGAAGCUGCCAUGUUUUUCAUCUGCGAAUUCCCAAAGAGCAAGAGAAGAAGAGGAAGAGGAUGAGGAGGGACACCCGCCCCGAUACCAUCAUGAGUCAACGAGACAUUCAGACUUGCAUGCAAAAGAGAUAUACAUAUACAUGUUGUGUAGGAAUGACAUUUAUAUAAGCAUACGCAUCACAUUCAAAGUCCUUUCAUCGUAAGAGUUUUGAUUUUGGUUGCAACCAUAUAUUCUUUGGCGAUUAAUAUGCGCAUUGCUUUCUUGAUGAAAAAGCCUCUCACAAUUUCCUGACAGCUUCAAAUGGCUUGUUGUGUCCUUCUUUUGUAACCAGUAAAUAUUAACAUUUAUAAAGCAGAACCAUUUCAUUUUUAAACCAU